CGCAGCCCCGCCCCAGUCGCGGGGCGUGCCGGGACGACGCGACCCGCUAACACCUCAGGGCAGGCCGUUGCGGACGCCGCGGGAGCGGACGCCAUGGCUGCGUUAGGCCUCGCUUCGUUGCUGGGCCGCGUCCCGGCUACAGCGUGGAGAGCGGCAAUCUUCACUCUGCCAGGAUCACCCCUUCUGUGUAAUUCUUUGAGGAAAAUAACUUCUCAAGGAGGAAAACCUGAACCUAGCAAACAACCUCUUAAGAAGCCAAAGUUACCAGAAGGUCGUUUUGAUGCGCCAGAAGAUUCCAAUUUAGAGAAGGAACCCCUGACAAAAUUUCCAGAUGAUAUUAAUCCUGUUACAAAAGAGAAAGGUGGACCCAGAGGCCCAGAACCUACCCGAUAUGGAGAUUGGGAACGAAAAGGUCGCUGUAUUGAUUUUUAAGCCACAUGUUGUUUAACUGCAGUAUCUUUUUCUGAUAGUGUACAUCUGAAUUAACUUAUUUUUGAUUAUUGUCUUUCUGUACAUCAUUUAAGUCUCCUAAUUUCUAUAAUGUGUUUUAAAAUAUAUGUGAUAGCUUUCGAAGAAAAUAUGCUGCUAUAAAUUAGGAAAGAGGAAAUAUUUUUACAUUAGCAUAUUAAUUUUAAUUUUAAUGUUUUGGGGUAUUUAAGGGAUGAUUAGGACUGCAAACUUUCAUUUCAUCAUGUUUCAGUUUAAGUUGAUCAGUGGUUUAUAAGAUACAAGUGUAAAUAAAACUUUUUAAAAAUGA